UUUAGACGCGUUCGCGUGCGGUUCUGUUGUCUCGCGUCGCCCGUUUGCCGUUUACCGUUUGUCGUUUACCGUUUGUGCGAAUCGGUUAAGAAAUUUAUAAAACCCAUCGAGCGCAUCUCUCGAGUGCAUUUCAAAUAUUCAGAUAGUCAUGCGUCUGCUGCUGUUGCUGUUGACGGCCCUUCUGGCUCUCCUGGCCCAGGUCCGUGCCCAGCAGGACUAUUGCUUUGGCAAGGACACGGAGCGACUGCAGACGCGUCAGUUUAGCUCCAAGACAGCCUAUCAGAUUGUCAAGGGCACCAACAUGGACAAGCAAUAUCAGGUGCCCGGCUGUGAGCCCAAGAAGAUGUGGAUCUUCCACAGGCACGGCACGAAGCUGCCCUCAAAAAGCUUCAUCAAGGAGGCAUCGCGGUUGGAUGAUCUACGCGAUUUGAUUGUGAAGAAUUAUCGCGUGCUGCAUACCAAGCCGGAUACGAACGCCUUGUGCCCAGGUGAUCUGAUCGCCAUCCAGAUGUGGAAAUGGAAUACCAGCAUUACCGUCGACAAGGACGAGCACCUGACCAGCCAGGGCUACGAGGACAUGCGCGGCACUGCCAAACUCUAUCAGCACUACUUUCCCACGGUGCUGCCAAACAGAUACAACGACUCCUAUUACCUGUUCCGUCACACGGACACCCAGCGUACCACGGAGAGCUUCAAGGGUUUUGCUCAGGGUCUUUUUGGUGGCAGCAAUGUGGCCACUGCAGCGGAUAUUCCCGAGAAGGAUCUGCUGCUGCGUCCCUACGAUUACUGUUCGUUCUAUAAGACCAAAAACUACAAGGGCCCGGGUUCUGAGCAUAAGAAAUAUCGCACAAGCGCCUUAUGGAAUCAGACCAUGGAGGAUAUUGCACGUCGUUUAGGUUUCAGAGUUUUGGCCGAGGAUGAUAUCAAGCUGAUGUACGAUAUGUGCCGCUACGAGCAGGCCUGGCAGGUGGAUCGGACGAGCGUCUGGUGCGGCGCCUUCUUGCCCGAACAUGUCACUGUCCUGGAAUAUGCUGACGAGCUCAAAUACUACUACGGCUCGGGCUACGGCUUUGACGAGAACAGACGCUUCAAUUGCCGCGCCGUCCAGGACAUGCUGUCCCGCCUGAGCAGUCCCGUCUCUCCCCACGUCGUGGCCUAUUUUGGGCACUCGGCGGGUCUGCAGACGCUCCUCGUUGCGCUGGGCAUCAACGAGGACAAAGCCAAGCUGCGUGCGGAUAACUUUAACGCGAAUCGUCGCUGGAAGACCAGUUUGUUGGGUCCCUUUGCUGCCAACUUUGUGGCCGUGAAAUAUAGCUGCCCGGCGGAGUUGGACCCGGAGAAGGUCGUCUUCUUUCUCAAUCAGAAUGCCGUCGAUCUGGACUGGUGCAAUGUGGGUCUGUGCAACUGGUCGGAUGUCCUGCAGAAGUACAAAACCAUCUCGGAGGCCAACUGUGAUGAGUAUUAUUGUCCGACUGGAGGGGCAGCCGGUCGUGCCUCAAUGCUGGCCACCGCGUUGAUUGCUGCCAUUGUCUACUUAAUACAUUAGAUUUGGCUUAGAUCUGGCCAGUAUCCGGCGU